AUUUGAUGCCUCCGCACGUGGGAAGCUACUGGUUUGAAAGACGCGGCUUCACUUGUUUUUCUGCACCAAGAUGGCAAGAAUCAGACGAUUUGAGAAAGCUGUUUGCUGGAGCGACGACAGAUACUGGGCAACUUGGGACAAGUGGGGAGAGGUGAUUGACUGGGGAGAUGAGAAAGAGCUGUGCUCCCCAGCAGAAUCACCUUCUGACCAGGCUGACAGUUCCACUGAGUCACAUUCCCGAAGGCGAAUUGCCAAGGCAGUUAGCUGGACGGAUGAUGCUUAUUGGGCAGCCUGGGACAAGUGGGAAGAGAUCAUCUGCUGGGGUGAUGAAGAGGAGUGCUCCCAAGUAACUCCACCCACUAGCCAGCUUGGGAGGGAUAAGGGGAUAGAUGUACAUGGGUUGGAGGCUUUUGUGAUGAAUAACAGGACAAUCUCCAUAAAGCCUGUAGACAACCAUCGAGACAGUCUGGAGAUAGGAGCUGUGCUGAUAGACCUCUGCCAGUUUGAUCUCGAAUAUUUAGAUCAAAGUAAAUUUGAUUUUGAAAUUGUACAAGUACAAAUUGGAGAAGUCAAAGUGGAGGAGACUAGAGAAAAAGCAUUUGAAUUGGAAAUUGUGGAUGUGGCAGUAGAAGUUAUAAACAGUGAAAUCCAGCUGAAUGCUAUAAAUUUGGAUAUUGUUGAAACUAAGGUGGACAAAUUAUUAUUGGAAGAACUGAUCGUUGGCGAUUUAGAAGCAGGCAAUGUGAAGGUGUCAGUGUCAAAUGGCAAUGUGGUGAAGAUACCCUUAAGGUACCCUUCACCACAGAGGAACAGAAGGACCAGGCAACCUUAGACCAUACUCUCUGGUGGUUGACUCGUGGCAACUGGACUUGUCUCUGAAAGUUAGAAACGUUUCGCUGCUCAUCCAAGCAGCUUCUUCAGACUGAGGGAGGUAGUAAGUGUCCACAUAUUUAUCCUCCUGGGUAAGUAGUCUAAGGGGGCUCGUUGAGUGAAACAAAGUGGGGGGGGGGAGUUGCGGGUAGAUGUAACCAGUCCCUCCUACUCCAAUAGAGUGGGUCGUUAAGGGUGGUCCACCUGGUGGAGGUGUGAAUUGGGUCUGUUUUUUUCCUGGGAAUUAUUUUUGUUUUGGCAAAUGAUGAGGUUAAAUUGGAGACAGGUUGUGCCUAAUGCCUCUACCUCUGUUGAGUGAGGGGUUGUGCAUUUGCACAUGCAAAGCUGCUUGGACGAGCGGUGAAACGUUUCUACCUUUCAGAGAGGUACAAUGUCUUUGGAUGUCUUUUGUCUUGUGCAGUCUGGGAGUUGACUGAAUGCUGGGGCGGGGGUAGCUUUUCCUUUGUAGUGGGGUCCGGUGGGGCGCCUUGGGCUCUGUGGGGCCCGGUGGUGCUGCUGCCUUGGGCCCCGGUCUGGAUGGGCCUGGGCCCCCCUCCCUGGAUGGAUUUCGGGGAACGGGGAGUGCCUAUGGGGGUCAGCGGGGGAGCUGGCUCCGGGGGGGAGGU